AUAAACAAUCUCUAACAACCGCGAUAAUGGGAUUGUUUAUGUUUUUACUUGUUGGCUUAUUAUGUGCUAUUUUUGUUAAACGCUGUUUAACUUUCCUUCAUUUCUUAGUAAAUGGCUUUAGUACAUUCGGACACAAAUGUUCCGGCAGAGAACAAUGCUGUACAGUGUCGUGUCUGCAACAAAUCGAUCCAAUCUCACAAGGCGUUAUGUAUUUUUUCGUCCCCGGAUGAAACCAAGGGGAAAAAUUCAGCAAGAACCAUCGCCGAGCUAAUGGGAGAAUUCGCGGAUGUUACGAUUAAUCCUGAAGACGGCCGUUCGAAACAUAUUUGUCUGAUUUGCAAGAUAGCGAUCGAGAAAGCAGCCAAUCUUCGGGAACAGAUACGGGCAGCCGAAAAAGUAAUACCAACGAUUUUACAAUCGUUGGAGAUCGAAAAUAUCACGGAACAGGAUUACUCUUUGGAAUAUUUGGAAGAAUUUAAAGACGAAAUAGAUGCAAUUCCGUUGCAGAAAACACUUCAGCCAAUGGAUGAAACCUCCCUGCCAGAUGAGCUGCUGUCCGAGGAAGAAAUGAACCCGUGUCAAGACGAUAUGCUCGAACAAGGCAAGCUCCCGUUCGUAAUGCCUUCGCCCGAACUGAUCGGCAUUCGGAUAGAGUUUGAGUAUUUUGAAUACUUGGAAAUUCGUGGUGAACGGUGUUGCGGCUGCGAACACAUUGCGACAUCCCGUGAUGCAUUGAUGGCACAUGCGAAGGACAAGCAUUCACAAAAAUACUACGCCGACAGUAGCUACACGUGUCCCACAUGCUACCAAAAGUUUGCCACGGCAGAAGCGCUUGAAAAACACAGUCAAUACUACCUGUACAGCGAUGUGUUCCUGUGUACCGUGUGCCAGGAAGCAUACAAUUCCCAAGGUAAUCUGUUGCGCCACCUACAGCAAAGUCACCAACUGCAGCAAGACCAAGACCAGCGAAGUGAACGAGACACGCAGAAAAGGAAACCUUCUGCUAAGCAACAUCGCGUUACAUCGUCAGAGCUCACGCUUCCAGAUGCAAAGUUUAUCAAAGAAACGCGAGACUAUCCCCAAUAUCGGAUGUACACGGUCUUCGGCGAGCGGUGCUGUGCAUGCGACGUCCAUGUAAUGGAUCUUGAACCACACGCCGCUGAAUGGCAUAUCGAUAUGGUGGACAUGUUGGAAACCUCAGCAAACGAACGGCGGUGCAUUAUAUGCCGGCAAACGUUUGAAUCUCGUCAGGAACAAAUACUGCACGAGGAAGAACGAAGGAAUUUGAAGCAAAUAUACCAAUGCAAACUAUGCCAGAUGCUUUUCGCUCGGAAAACUCAGCUACUAAAACAUUUCCAAUCCACAAGUAAAAACCGAUGCAGUGCUGUGGCCGCGAAUGAACGAAAGAGUACAUCUCACCCAAAGGAAGGUGAACCGACCCAGAAAAUCGCAAGCCUGACUGAGUCUUCCAAGGUGGACAAGGUGGAUUAUUUCUGUUGUUGCUUUACACGCUGCAAAGAAGAAUACACCUGCGAGAAGGAUCUUCUUGACCAUGCCCGUGCAAUGCACGGCGGGAGAAGAAAGGAAAACGAAAGCAAACUUUGGGAAAACGGGUCAGAAAUAGAGGAAAAUCUCAUCUGUCCAGUUUGUCGGCGGAUGUUUGGAAACGAGGAAAAGGUUCGAAAGCAUCGAUCCUACAAGCUGACACUGCCCAAGGAAACGUGCCGCCAGUGUGGACGGAUUUUUAUGAAAGCAUCCGGUCUGCGGGAACACCAACUGCGGGAACAUUUGAAUCUUAAGCCCGAGUUUGUGUGCGAAGUGUGUGGCAAACAUUUCGUCACGCGUUCCACACUGACCAAACAUCGACGGGUGCAUGAACCGUCCCAAAACUGUCCAUGUUCCGCGGACGGUUGUGAGGCCGUGUUUCGAAAUGAACAGCUGAUGCAGCGACACUAUCGGAAUGUGCACAUGGAAAUCAAGCCAUACGAGUGUGCCCACUGCCAGAAGCUGUUCCGGACGAAGGAAUCGCUCGAUAUACACCAGCGAUGCCAUACGGGUGAACGUCCGUUUGCCUGUAGGUUCGACGGGUGUACCAAGCGCUACGCACAUGGCACCGACCGAAAACGACACGAACGUUCGGCGCACACGGGUGAAAAGCCACACACGUGUCCGGUGUGUAAUGCAGGCUUUUUCCGCAAGCGGGAAAUGCGCUUACACGUAGAAAAGGUACACUUAUGUAAGUAUCUUGUGGAAACUGUUUCAUUGUCAUAUUGUUUGUUUACAAAAUUCGGAACAGAAAAUCGGAAAGAAACUCUUUUUCUCCUGUGCAUCAAAAGCGUGUCUCAUUAUUUCAAUCCACAGCACACCAGGGAAUCAGUCAGGGAAUGUGUAAUGAUGCGGUUUUCGAAACGUAGAAAAGUCGCCAACACGGAAGAGAAUGUCGCAUCAUCUCCAAACCAUGAUGACCAAAGCGAUUGCCCGAGAUGCUGCAUCUGCUCUGUGCAGUCGAAAGAAGAUCUACUUGAACUUUCUACGAUUGUAGAAAACAGCGAACUUUCAACAAUUGCCGCAAUAGUCGAACAUGUGGCCGGUAUUAAGGUAAAACAUGUUCAGAAAAGCAUUUGCACUGGUUGUUGGAAGAAGAUUCAAGCAGCCUACUCCAUACAAAACGAAAUCAGAAACUCAAAAUGCAUAGAACAACAGGAGAAUGAUGAGAGUGACGAACAGGACAUUGAGCAUGUCUAUGUCGAUGAAGAGGAAUUCAACACUAGGGACACCGAUAAUGGCAGUGACGAGCAACAUUUAGAAAAAUCGGAAGACAAGGACAGGACAGGACAGGAAAGCGAAUACGAGAUCGAAUAUCUCGAGGAUAAUCCGCUUGAACUUGCGGACGAUAAGGAGCAACAGUCCGCGAAUGACAAUGAACUAGACAUCGUAAUUGAAAUAUCUGAUGAACAGCAGCAUGAGGACGUUAAACCAGAAUAUGGUAAAGUAACGCGUCAGUUUAAAAUGCCCAAUGGCGCCACGAUCGUUAAUGCUGAACUGCACGAGCACUACCGCGUGUAUCAGGUGGCAGGCGAACGUUGCUGUGGAUGCAGUUUCGUUGCCCAAACGCGCAAAGAGCUCUUGCAGCACUCGGAAACCGCGCAUUGCGUUGAAAUCAACGACUAUGGUGACUAUUGUCCGAUUUGUUUCUACAAGUUUUCGACCGAUCAGCAGCUCGAACGACACAUCGAAGAGUUUAAGCUAAACAAGAUGUUUGUCUGCUUGCGCUGCAAUUAUUUCUUCAAUCUGCGUUCCCAGCUAGUUGACCAUCUUCAGAGAUGCAGGCAAGCUAAAGAAAGUGGUGACAUGUUGCCGAUAGAAAGCGAUGAAGUGGAUAACGAUGAAGUAUCCAUCGAACCCAUUCAGGAGGACGAUGAUGAGUUUGAAGAAUAUUAUUUGCAAAUUGACGCGGACACAAUGGAACCGCACGACGCACGUCUCCAAAACGCAAAGGAUCCACGUGUUAUGCAUUGCUACAAAACACUUUUCGAGGAGAUACUAUCUGAUGAAAAGUUGUCUAGUACACUGACCGAAGCGGAACUGAACGUGCAGGACACACAAAUAGCUGCCCAGCAUGUUUUCGAAACGUUUAAGUACGUUCGCCUGCGAGGCCUUAGGUGCUGCGGCUGUUCCUAUACCUGCUUUUCGAGUACGCUAUUGGUGGAGCACAGUAAAACAAGCCAUCCUACAGAAGGCAAUGUUGUCACCGACCGUUCCUGUGGAUUGUGUUUGGCAAAGUUCCCAAACGAAACGGAGCUUGUGAAGCAUUGGUGCUUUUUCAUCACCAAGCAGCUGUUCUUCUGCACGGUGUGCGACGAAACUUUUCUUAACAAAGAAAGCUUGCGAAAUCAUCAGCGGCACAACGAUCGGCACCGGAAACAGGAGAGCCACAAGCUUCAACGGGGAAACGAAAUUGUCGGAUCUGAAGCAUUUGUUGAGAUCGACCAACCGGGCGUUGCUGACGAGCUGGGUAAACUGUUGGCGGAAAAGAUCACUUACCGCACGAAAAUAAUACCGAUGCCCGAUGAGCGGUUCAUAAAGAUCAAACAAGAGUACAACAAUUACAGCACCAUCACCGUGGAAGGUGAAUAUUGCUGUGGGUGUGCGAAAUUAUUCGAUACAAUGGAUGAAUUGCGGAUACAUUGCAAGACAGAGCACUAUUCGCCGCUAAACUCACGUAUUUACGGCCAUCAGUGCGAAUUCUGCUACGCCGUGUUUGAUUUCGAACGGGGGCUUUUUAUGCACAACGCUAUUCGGCGCUCAAAGAUAAAAAUGCUGUUUGUUUGCAAGCUUUGCGGAAUGCUCUUUUCGAAGAAGUUUUGUCUAGCGCGCCACAUGCAAUCAGCACCGAACCAUCUGUCGAGGUUGAUUGUCGAUGCCAAUGCAAACGCGAACCGGAUUGGCGAGGGCGACGAGCUUGAGGAAGAUUCGGAAGCAUCCGGCAGCGCCCCGGCCGACACGGUUGAAUCGGAUCCACGUGUUUUGGAGGCAUUGCAGCUACACCGAUCGGUUGAAGAAACGGGACUGGAGAAGGUCGGCCAUCUCGUAUGGUAUCACUGCUGCUUCACAAAGUGUACGGAAACGUUUACGAAAGAGGAGGAACUUCUGGAUCAUGCGCAGGAGGAGCAUAAUGGGCAACGGCGGGAAAAUGCAAUCGAACGAAAGCACGACGCAAACGUGUGUCCCGCCUGCUGCAAACCAUUCCAAACGAUUGCCAAACUGAUGUGGCAUCGAGUGAAACGAUUUGUGCCCCGCAAAUAUCCCUGCAAGCAGUGCGAAAAGACGUUUAAUAGUUGGCUCAAGCUGAAGAUGCACGUGGAGCUUGACCACAGCGAAACACCACCCAGCUUCCCGUGUCCACAGUGUGGCAAAUCGUUCGUAGUCAGGUCCAGAUUGAAGGCACACCUAAAGAUACACAGCGCACGGAAAGAACACACGUGUGACGUUUGCGGCAGUUCGUUCGUUAACAAGGGACUGCUGAAGCGCCACCGACGAUCACUGCACUCCACCGAUCUGCUGUUUGAAUGUAAGCUUUGCUCGAAGAAGUUCGCAGUGGUGGAAAAGCUCAAAAUUCAUCAGCGGGUUCAUACCGGAGAGCGACCGUUCGAGUGUUCGUACUGUCCUCGUACGUUUCUUCACUUUUCUGAUCGAAAGCGGCACGAAAUGGCCACCCAUACAGGGGAAAGACCUUUUAAGUGUAAGCUCUGCCCUGCGUCGUACAUUCGCAACAGGGAACUGAAUCUGCACAUGCAAAAGCACAAGUUAGACGGACACGGACAAAGUUGAUUAAACAAGUAGCAACAAUUAUUUUCUCAAUUAGAAUUACUUUCGGUACAUAAUAAUAGUUUAAGGUGUAAACGGUUUAUGAAGCAAAACCUGGAAGUCGAAUAUCGUUCAAUAAAGAGGCACUUAUGUUUUACAUUAUUUUAACAAUGAUAUAGUA